GUGCUGCCCGACACUUACAUUCAGCACCCAAUGGUUGUGCGCAGGGCUCUUUCCUGCUCCUUUACCCCUCCUGCCCCCUUGCUGGAGGCACAACCAAACCGGCACCGAGGGCCGAAGGCGGCACCCACGCCCUUACGCAAGCCCAUAAGGAAGCUGUAGGCGGGCAAGAGGUGACUUAUGAGGCUGAGCACUCGCCUGCGCCUGGCCUUCCCCUUGCCCUGGUGUGGAGCAAGCGCCUCGGUGGCCCUGCUGCAGGAGCCGCACACCCAUGGCCUGGCACUGAGCCCCCUCUCUGCCUCAGGGGGAGCCACAGGUACCCUGUGAGGGAAGUGCAAAGGGCUGUGAUUGUGCUCGUGGUUUCUUGGGGGUGAAGUGAGCAGGAAGGAAAGGGACGUGGUGGCAAGUGCUGUGGCUCCUCAGGCGCUGCUCCCCUAUCUGUGUCCCCUCUCCUCCAGGCCCAGGAGCUACAGGAAGAUGGUAUGCCUGCCCGCCGCCCCACUGGCACUGGCGUUGAGGAGGUGGCUGGGGAUCCGGCUCUUUGUGCUGCUCUGCCUUAGUUUAGGCUAUGCACAGGAGAAGAAAGUAGUCAAAAGCAAGGUGGGAGAAAAAGUUGGCCUGCCGUGUUGUCAUGAAAUUCCCAGCUCAGAAAGCCUACAGAACUACCGGGUCUACUGGCAGAAGAACAUUACAGAGGUAGUGCUUGCCUAUGCAGCUGGGGAGAGGAUCUCUGAGCACAACUCUGCCCGAUAUGAAAAUCGGACAGAGAUAGACCCCAGGAACCUCACCCUGUGGAUCUCCCCCAUGGAAAUCCUAGACAAUGGCUCUUACUGGUGUGUAGUUCAGCACCUCAGAUCUUCACAGAACUCCGUGGUUGUGUGUAAUGAGCCUGUCAACCUCUUUGUUACAGCUGACUUCAGUGAGCCGAACCUAACAGCAGAAGUAUCCACUGAUUCUUGUGAAUCAACUGAGCUGGUGGUAAUGUGUUCUUCUUAUGGAGGUUUCCCCAAACCCAGACUCUCUGGAGCCCUCAACAAUACGUCCGUGGUGUGGAAUGCCAGCUGGGUGACCGAGUCCAACCUCAGCCCAUACAACAUCACUGGCAAACUGUCACUCAAUGUGACCCAAGAUGUCAACAUCACUUGCUCUGUUGAAUACAACGGCUUUACCAAGUCCACCAGUUUGCUUCUGAGAAAAACAAAUGACUGUGUUCUCCCUACCGUAGCUCCCUCUUAUAAUGUCAUUACUGUUUCAAGUAUCAUCGUCAUCUUCCUUUUGGCUAUCACCCUAGCAGCAAGGUACCUCCCAAGGCAUGUCUGUUCUCACUGCUGUAAGUGUCAGGAUUCAGUGGAACAGGAUGUGAAAGAAGGUACAAAGCCACCUCUGAGCUCUAAAGUGACACCUGAAACAUCAUUUGUAUGACCAGAUUGCAUUGGCAGGUUUCUUAUCCUGUGUAUUCCGCAUUGAAGUCCCCACUGCUUAUUGUACAGCAAUACUUAUUGUGUUGACCCUUCAGCUCUCUGAAAGGGGAUGACAGCAGUAGAAAGCUCUGCUUAUGAAGACUGGCAACAUAAUCCUGUAUAAAUGAAUGCAAACCCCCACCUACGCCACAGAAGCUGUGGUGUGGUCUCCUUACAGCAGGUCACUGGUAUUCCAGCUGGGAGGACCCUCCACGUUCCUGCAGCAGGGCAGGAGCAUCACGGGCAUCAUGUUCAUGUUCAACGGUUUGGGAUCCUCUGGCUUUGAUGCUGCCUCUGUGAACACCAGGGGCCCCGCAGAGCCCUGGCAGGCAGCCCACAGCCACAAGCGCCGUUAGUAACACAGAGCUGGCCUUUGGCAGACCCCAGGCCCUGACACAGAGUCUCAAGUCAGGCUGUGCCUCCAUGUGGUGACUGGGAGCAGCUAAAACUUCUUACAUUCAGCGUCGUGCAGGU